AUGGGUCUCCCACAGGACUUCUCGGCCCCAGUGCCCUCCAUUGAGUCCGACUCACCCCUCUCUAAGCGUCGUCGCUUCACACCAAACUCCCUCCCUCCGGUCAUGCCUGUCUCAGAUAAUUCCGACAUUGAACAUCAUACCUUUGACUCGCCAUUGCUGUUGCAGCUUUGUGAACAAGCCCCUGAUCGGGCCGAAAUCGAGACAGGUCUCCUCCAGGUCGGUAUGCGGGUCCGGAAGGCAGUUGCUGAAGGCUACAAGACGCAACAAAAGAAAUUCACUCCUCGUCCAUUUUUCGACAUUCACCGACUUUCUCCGGAAACUCAAGCUGCCCUCUCGUCCGGCAACUCUGAUUCGGCCAACGAGCUGAGUCCAUAUGCCGCUUCUCAGGUUCAACCUUUGAGCACGGCCACCUACUGCGGUGUCAGUCUGGAUUUCCUCUCCCAUUAUAGCGACGACAGGUCCAGCCCGUCUGUCCCCAAACAAUCGCUCUGGUCUUAUUCUACCAGCCACAAGCGUGGUUAUGAAGCCGACUCGGACAGCGAUGAUAGCCAGGAUUGGUUCCCUCAGACCCCGAAUUUGACGGCCGAUGACAGAAUGAAUAUGCCGGUGGAUUAUUUCGCUAUCGACAUGGACACCAUGAGCGAUGUCAGCCCCAUGACUCAAAUCGGUGAUCGUGCCCGACCACCAUGCAAUGGUCGGCGUAUCGUCAUGCCAAAGAGUCGCAACCGAAUGAUGCCACCGGCCGAACCUCCCAUGCCUCCUACUUCUGCAUUCAACCCAUUCUCCAACUUGGCUUCUCAACAACAAAAACUUCAAUUUGGUGGUGGUUUCGGGCAUAGACACAUGAUGGGCUGUGGUAUGGAAGCCAUGGAUUUUGGUGAUGCUCCAUUCUUGCAACGACGGGAGGAUGUGGAGAUGGAUUGUUCUUGA